UACGGUACUAGCCAGGUGGAGUUUCCGCAGGUGCUGGGCCAUCACAGAGAGCCACCAGUUGGCUCAUAAAAUACAAAGCUACACCUCCGAAAACACAAUCAAGUCUACCCAACGAUCUAUAUUAUAGCCACCAUGAAUACCGGGACGUUUCUUCGCUCCCUGUUGCUCACACGGACACAGAGUGGUAGCUUUCGAAACCUCUCGUUUCGUAUCUGCCCAGACAAUGCCAAAGGAGUUUCUUUCCUCGCAGCAGCUUCCUCGCCCGAGGUCGCGAGUCUCGACUUUUCGGAACAACGAUGGCAAGAGACAACCUCGCAAAAGUCCUCCCAAAAGGCCCUCGCUCCCCCCAGCCCACCCUACAGGAGAACCUGCUCGAAUGAAGAAGUGGCCAUCACUCGAUGGAGGGCCAACCGAAACAUCUCGGACCAACGACUUCCCAUGUCCGACCAGUCCACCAGCCAUAGUAGCAUCAGUCUGCCCCCCACUCGUCCCUUUCGAAGGGGAAACUCGCUCAAGGACCUCAACGUUCAAGGCGCUGCUGACGAUCAGGAGCAAGAACCUUGCCUCAUUCCGGUCACCAAGACUGAAAGACGGCCCCGUCGUAGCCUCAUCAACAGAGAGGCUGCUGCGGCCUAAUAAGCUUGACAAGCAAGUCACGAGGGGAGGGGGCAGGCAUGAAGGGGACACCACACAUAGCAUAGAGCGGGAUCUAUGCACUACAGCUUUCUAUCAUUGUGCACUAUUUAAAGGUAUAAUAACAUGCAAAACAACACAUUCCUUG